UGGAGCGGAAGAUGGCGGCGGCAGCGGUAGCUGCAGCCGGGACCCUAACCGGGCUGAAGCGGAGGAGCCGUCGUCUUUGACCUCGCUCUGGCUCCGGUGCGCGCGGCGGAGCGUGUGCGAGGCCCCGCGCGUCGGGCAGGGGCGGCGGCGGCGAGUGCACGCCGCCCUGAGGAGCGCCCCGGCGGCGGCGCUGCUGCGGCUGAGGAGAGAGCCGGCUCCGGGCCUCCGCGUCCUCCUGCUCUCCGGGCCCCCCGCCUCCUCGGGGGGGCGGCGGCGGCGAUGUUCUCGGUCCUCUCGUACGGGCGGCUGGUGGCCCGCGCCGUGCUCGGCGGCCUUUCGCAGACCGACCCCAGGGCCGGCGGCGGCGGCGGCGGCGGCGGAGGCGACUACGGGCUGGUGACGGCCGGCUGCGGCUUCGGCAAGGACUUCCGUAAGGGCCUCCUCAAGAAGGGUGCGUGCUACGGGGACGACGCGUGUUUCGUGGCCCGGCACCGCUCCGCGGAUGUACUCGGGGUUGCAGAUGGUGUAGGAGGAUGGAGAGACUAUGGAGUUGAUCCGUCUCAGUUCUCAGGGACUUUAAUGCGGACAUGUGAACGGUUAGUAAAAGAAGGACGAUUUGUCCCGAGUAAUCCCAUUGGAAUCCUCACCACAAGCUACUGUGAGUUGCUGCAAAAUAAAGUACCUUUGCUUGGUAGCAGUACUGCCUGCAUCGUGGUGCUGGACAGAACGAGCCACCGCUUACACACAGCCAACCUGGGCGAUUCAGGCUUUCUGGUUGUCAGGGGUGGCGAAGUUGUGCACCGGUCAGAUGAGCAGCAGCAUUACUUCAACACUCCAUUCCAGCUCUCAAUUGCACCACCCGAAGCCGAGGGAGUCGUCUUGAGUGACAGCCCGGAUGCUGCUGAUAGCACGUCUUUUGAUGUCCAGUUAGGAGACAUUAUCCUGACAGCGACAGAUGGACUCUUUGACAACAUGCCUGAUUAUAUGAUCCUUCAGGAGCUAAAAAAGUUAAAGAAUUCAAAUUAUGAGAGUAUACAACAGACAGCAAGAAGCAUUGCUGAGCAAGCUCAUGAGUUGGCCUAUGACCCAAAUUAUAUGUCACCCUUCGCACAGUUUGCAUGUGACAACGGAUUGAAUGUGAGAGGUGGAAAGCCAGACGAUAUCACCGUCCUUCUUUCAAUAGUGGCUGAGUAUACAGACUGACUCGCCUAGGUGUCAACUCCUGCCUUUCUUUCAUCAUCCCAAAUUCUCCUCUGCCGUGUGUGCUGAUCCUGCUGGCAGGACCACAUUUCUUUGCCACUUAUCUCAAUGGCUGGUGAUGUAAGCCUUUUGCCUGUCUUUUUGAGACCCCGUUGAGAUCUUUGUUGAAAACCACUACUGUCAUUCACUAGCCCAUAUCUGCCAGCAAGUUUGAAGAGAAUCAAGAUUUGAAGAUUGGCUUUUACUUCUCAUUGUCCUUUCUAUGUUGGGAUGGAGGUUUUCAAAGCCAAAAUGGCUAUUUUCAGAAAUGGUUGCAGUAUUGAAGAAAAUGAGUAAUGUUGGUAAAGUGAAUUCAAAAUUACAGUGUGUAAAAGGGAUUUUAAAACUCUUAACACAAAUUGUAUGUUAUGAAACAUCUACUAACUAGAGACAUAAAUUACUCAUAGAAAGAAGUGUUACACUUGUACUCUACAGUCUCUGUUAUGAUUGGGUGUGGCUUUAUGUUUUCAUUAUAAACUCCUAUUUUUCAGGGGUUUAUAAUUCUGUAAAACAUUGCUCUGGAUUAUGAAAUCUUAAUCCCAAGAGCUUUUUUUAUUACAAAUUGGAAGAAAAAUUCAGUUUAGUUCUAUGGGUGCAAAUGUUUCAUGGUUUUUAAAAGAUGCUUAAUUGUGACCUGUGAUCAGAGUUUUGGCAGUUUAUUGAUUAGUCCAAAUCACAUGAGUGGCCUGAUCUGCAGGAGGGGUGCAGGCGACUCUUUACGCAAAUUUUGUAAUGAAAAUAUUGCUCAACAUAAAACUCCUCACAGCCUAAACAUGUAAUGUUAUGGCUGGAAUUCCUCCUGCGGUCUGCUGUGAUGAUCGUGGGGGAGCUCGGGCCCAUAGGCCUAGUGGGCUGAGAAUGGACAGCUGUUACUUUGAAUUUUGUUGGCUUCUGGUGGUCAUGCUAUUCCCAGUGUCACCUCAGACCUUGUAUUAGUAGCCUUGCUUUCUGUAGAGCAUGCAAGAAAUUCAGGGAGGCCAUGUGGAAAGAGCACCGUGGGCAGUGGCAGCAGGACAAGAGUCCACGAGGAAAACUCCUAGUGAUGAGCUGACAUUCGCAUUUGCCCUGCACAGAAAUUUAGGGGUUUCUGAAUCAAGCUUAAUGUUUACAGUUUCCGAAUAGCCAUCUUGCAGUGUAUCGUUUCCUUAUAAAACUACCCCGCAGUCAGUUUUCCCAUUAUCUGCAAGCUCAAACUUAUUUUUAAGGUUUGUGUACAAGUCGACUGCUGUAAAGAUAUAUAUUUUUGGGUCAGUUUUUUUUCCCCUUCAUUAACUUGGUGGUAGAAAAAUAUAUAUACUUAGCAAUCUUUAAAUUAAAGCCAUGUUUUAUAUAUAAGUCAGGUAACAUUGGUGUAUAGACGAGAAUGCAAUUAAACCUGAUGAGUCUACUUGAGGAGAAGAUAGAAAGUCUCUUUCUCUAAAGGAGAUACUUACUCCCUGGUUUAUUGCAUUAAAACUUAUGUUUGAGGUUACCUCAACUUGUUUUAAAAGAUUUUGUUUUGUGAAUUUGUACUGUAUAUUUGGGUAACUGUCAAGCUUUUGUUUUAUUUAAAAUUGUUUAACAUGUACCAUGUACAUGUCAUUACUAUAUUUCAAUGCAUCAUGCUUGUAACAGGCAUUUCAUUUAUAAUAAGAAUGAGUUAUUCAUUUGUAAGCCGUUCAGUAAUUUAUCUACUAUUCCUAAAUUGGCAUAAUGUUAGAUAUCUAUUUUGAAUCACCUUUAAUUACAUGUCAGAAUGCCUUAACUACCCUAACUUGACAAAACAGAAUUCUUUGGUAAAGGAGAUGGGGAGUGGGCGGGGGUAGAGGGAGACUAUUUAAUAACGAGAACCCAUCAUGCUGUGAUAAAACAUGGAAGCGUGAGUGGCAAGUGACGGGGUAUUUAUUUUGCACAAACUAUUUGCAGACUCUGUGUAUUUUAAAAAAGGAAAGUUGCAUCCAGAAGGGUUUUGUUGGAAGGAGUACAUUUAUACUUGGGCUGAUGGUGUUAGUUCUUUUAUUGGGUUUUUAAUUAUUUCUGGUCAGAGGUAUGUAGCCUUAUGAUCUGGAUAUAUUUUGCAUUAAUUUUUCCAAUGCCUACAUUUGAUUCCUGGUAGAGCAGUGCUGGUUACGUCACUGGCUUGUCUCUGCUCUCAUUUAACCAAUCAGACACAAUCGUGAUGCUUUGUUGGUGGUGUUUUACACAGCUCAUUUAAUCAACUUACUUUUUUUGGAAAUGGUUGUUAGAAAUCGACAAUGUAUUUGUACCAGUGACGUUGAAAUUCGUGAGACAAGAAUUGAGUUUCACAGAGGAACUGACUUUGGCCUGUAGAUUAAUGACAAAACAUUUUGUUUUCUUUUUUCCCUGUCCUUUUUAUGUUACGCACUUAAUUUUAUGACCACCAGUGGUCAGCUGGAGUGCUGCUUAUCAAGUAACUCUCCUUCCACUCUCAGUGGUCAGAGGCUGUGUUGGACCCAUGCUGGAAUUUUCCAGGUCACAGGACCCAAGUCUCUGUGGGGUAUGACUGAGAUAUACCAGUUGGUGGGUCUGACUCUGAACUUGAUGUGUGUGUUAAUUGUGUUUUAAAUCAAGCACUAUAACACAGCAACACACACGUUUGCCGCAUGUAAUGGACUUUUAUAACAAAAGAGAAUUUGGAUUUCUAAUUUACAAAUUAUCCCUCUCUGGAUGCACCAAAGACCAGUAAAGUUUAUAGCUUUUCCAUCUAUAUUUAUAAAGCAAUACUGUAUUAUAAAAAUCAAUAUUUUUAUCACAUGCUUGAAAUUUUUUUGUUCUGUUUUAAAAUGUGCACUCUAAACAUAUCAGAACCUUAUUUCUUCCUGUGAACUUAAGCUGCCUGCGCACAAAAAAAAAAAAAAUUUACUGAACGGAUAUGCAGUGGAUUCAUAGGCUCUUAAAAACUGAAAGAAGAAAUGAAGGGGGAAAACAAGUUAUUUGCCCUGAAUUACUGUACUAGCUUGAUAUGGUUGAUGGGUACUAAAUCACAAAAGAAUCCAUUCCAGGUGUGCAUGUCUGGGGGUUGGGCUGUGUCUAGAUUAUUAGAAACUAGAUUUCAAGCUUUGCAUGAUGGGAGUGUGUCCUCUCCUAUCAACUGCAUUUGUUCUGGAUAGAACAGUAGCCUUCAGUACCACCUUCUGUACCACCAACCUACCACAUCAAGUAACAAGGCAGGAAUUGUGGGAAUUUACUGAGUCAGUUUUGUGUGUUUUGGAGAUUGUAAACAAGAUUGACUAGAACUGUAAAUGUUUGUACUUUUGAAUAAGUUCUUGGUUCCUUGUCAUCUUAUACCAGCUAUCUUUGGUAGAAGCUACAGCAUCCAAUUUCCCUGAAAACGAUCACAUUUUUGCAUAUAACAAAUUUUACAAUAUCAAAAACAAAAUUGGCUUAUAAAACUGAAAAUAUGAAGCAGAAAGCAUUUGGAUUUUAUUCAUAAAAAAAUUCUUUGUAAAAUUGAACUUCUCAACUAAAAUUUCAGUGUCCAUAUGAAAAUUGUAACUGUUAGCAGGUAGUUUGUGGCAAAGAUGGCAAAAUAAUGAAGCAAAUUUGAAUUCGUGUAUACCAAUGAGCUGCUUUUUGCUGUUGCGACUAUCAUUAUUUGUCUUACCCAAGAGGCAAUGACCUGAAUUGGAUGUCUGAAAUAUAACUUAUGCAGGAAUAGUUCUGUAAAUACAUUUAAAUAAACUGUAAAGAUAUUUAAUAAAUAUAGUAUUUAUACUAA